CAGCUGACAGGCAGCCAGAGGAAAGGAAGGGAAGGAGCUGGGCUCGGACCGCGUCUCGGGUCGGUGACAUGAGGCGGCCUCGCCGGCCGGAAGAAAAAGGGGACGGUGGGCUUUAGCUCGGUCCGGCAAACCUCUCUCCCUCCGCCAUGUUCCGCCGCGCCCGGUUCAACGUGAAGCCCAACGUGAGACCGAGCGCGGGAGGCAGAGGCAGCGGCGGCGGAAACACCUCGGUGGCCCCGAGAGCUCGGCAUGGCUCGGAAACCGCCCCUUCCUCCGCCGAGGCUGCGGCGAGCUCGGAUUCCCAGCCGGGGCCUCUCGAAGACAUUCUGCAAGACCGUAGUAGCAGCAACAGCAGAGAUGAAAAGAGCAGCAAUCCACGUGGUGAUGGAGAUAGUAGUAAACUCACAGAUGUCCCUUUACAAAGACGAAAACGAAUAUCCACAAUGCCCAAUCUUGCUAAACCAAGAGUUGCACUUCCUUCUGUACGCCAUGCUAUCAGUUCAGUGGCAAAAUGUUCUCAGAAGCAGGUACCUCAUUCUCUUCCUCCUGUUAACUCUGCCCUCCAGAAGGAAUCAUCUUCAUGUGAGAAGAUUAAUAUUGAAAAGUCUCCCAUAUUACCUGAGAAGAAAACACCCCUUCCCCAAGUACCACAAUUUUCUCCAUGUAAAACAUUUAUUAAUAAGGAGACCAGCCUGUCUGUGACAUCUCAUAAAGGUGAUGAAGUCCAGCAGAACAACAUGCCCUCCCCCCUCAAAGAGAGACCCACUCAAGAAAGUUUGAUUCAGGAAGAAAUACAACAGCCAAAAACAGCAGCAGCAGCAAAGGAGAACGAGAUAUGCUCUGAUCAUGAUAAAAUAAUCAAAGUUAAGAAGCUGAGACGGCUACUCCAGGAUGAACUGAAGAAAGAAAAGCAACAACGGAAAUAUAAAUAUGCAGUAAUUGAAAAGCAUAUGCCAGAGGAUCGUUCAAAAAUGACUAUGAGAGAUUUCAUAUAUUAUCUGCCAGAAAACAAUCCCAUGAAGUCUUCAUUGGUGGAAGAAAAGAAAUUGGAAAAGACGUCAUCCCAAGCAAAAGAACCCGAGGAAAAAAUUAUUGUGGAUCAUGAAGAUGAAAAUGAGGAAGUGGAGGAAGAAGAGGAAGAAGAGGAUGAUGGCCCCCUUCUAGUUCCUCGAGUAAAAGUGGCAGAAGAUGGCUCAAUUAUUCUAGAUGAAGAAAGUUUGACUGUAGAGGUUUUAAGAACCAAAGGGCAAUGUGUGGUGGAACAAAAUGACCCCAUAUUUGAGCGUGGUUCUACAACAACCUAUUCAAGUUUUAGGAAAAGCUAUUAUACCAAGCCAUGGUCAGAAAAAGAAACGGAGAUGUUCUUUGUAGCCAUAAGCAUGGUAGGAACUGACUUUUCAAUGAUUAGUCAACUUUUUCCUCACAGAGCAAGAACAGAAAUUAAGAAUAAAUUUAAACGGGAAGAAAAGGCCAAUGGAUGGAGAAUAGAUAAAGCAUUCAAAGAAAAAAGGCCAUUUGAUUUUGAUUUAUUUGCGAAACUUCUUGAGAAAGUCCUGGAAAAUGAAAGAAGGAAAAAGAUGAAUGAUGUAAAAUGUCAGAAUCAAAAGGAAAAAACAGCCAAUGAAAAAAAAGUGCCCAAGAUUCAGAAAAAACAAAAAGCCAAACUUACCAGUGGACAACCCAGCCAUGGACAGGAUGACCAGGAUGUCAGGAUUUCUGAUGCAGAAAUAGAAGUGGACAGUGGGACUGCGGAAAAGGAGAAUGAAGAGUCUCUUAGCAUCUUGGAGCCGACUGAAGGGCAGACAGUAACUGAGUCUAUGGUGAUGAAAAAGAAAAGAAAAAAGAAAAGAAAGGAUUCUGAACAGGGAGCCGAGAACCUUUCUGAACGGAAAACGAUACCCCCAGAAGCUGUGGAGGGAGAAAGGCUGAGGAUGGAAAGAAAAAGUAUAUCAUCCAGCAUGGAGAACCAUGGCGGUGAUGAAACUUGUGAGGAACUAGAGGUUCCGGAUGAACAGGCACUUGAAGUGGAGGAAAAUGCUCAGUGCUGCGUACAGCAAAAUGAAGGGACAGAAGGAGAAGAUAGCUUGUUUGUAUCCAGAGUUCAAGAUGGUACAUAUGUUGAAGAUGAGUCUGAGCUACAAAUUUCAGAUGCUAGUUCUGAAGACAUUGUUGGGCAGUUUUCAAAAUCCUCAAUUUUUUCAAGCACAAAUAAGGAAGGAUUUGAAGGAACAUGUGCAGAAAUGAAUGAAGUAGCUGAGUUAGAUAAAUUGGAUGAAAGUCACAGGGUGCCACCAAGUUACAAUGAUAAAACUGAAACAAUGGAUACUGAGAGAGCAGCGACUGAACAGCUCAACAUAAACUGCCAACUGCAGAGGCUUGAACCAAACUUAACAAAACCUUCAGAAAAGAGUGAGCUUCCAGUUGAUAAUGCAUUAGAGAAUGAACUCUCUCCUUCAGAACCUGUGGUUGGUAUAGGAAAGAUUGUUGUGGAAGAUAAAGCAGCUAACAUAACUGGAUCUUCCACAGAGGAACUGACAGAAAGAUCAAACAGUAAUGAGAACAGAGAAUCCCAAACUUGUGAAAAAUCUACUUUACAAGGAAACAGUGGACAGUCUGUCGUGAGACCUGCGCUACUAGCAAGAGGGCGAAUGAAGAAACCAAAACCAAAUUUAGGAACAGCUUCUAAAAGGCAAGCAGAACCAUCAAGGAACUCAGAAGCAGCAGAAGUAAAUGCAACAGAAGCAACUGUGGAAACCAUGAAGACACUAACACAACAUGAGUGCAGUAGGAGUGGGCUCCUCCCUAUGCAAGCCACUGAGGCAACCAGUUAUGAAGUUGAUUCACCACGCUCAGAGGCAUUAAAAAACAAAGCUGUUGCUACUCCUGAUAAAGUGGGUUUAAUACACUCAAUCCAGCCUUCUCUAAACGAGCCAUUAGAAUGUGUGAGUUUUGAGCUAAAAAAGGCAUCUUCGUCAAAUGACACUGUAAAGGACGUGUCAGCGUUUGUUAGUGGAGCUGCUGGCCUUCAAGAAAUAGAAAAAGAAACAGCUGCUGAAACACAGCAUUGUUGGGAGAAUUUUACUCAGUCUCUAAAGAAGAAUUUAGGAGAGGCAGCUGAAAGGAAGGACAUUUCAGGACCAGAAAAAGAGAUGCUUGAGGAUAACAACUUGACAGGAAGUGCAGAAAAGAAAACAGUCCCUCUCACCCCUGAAUGUGGCAAACUGUCUGACCUAAAUGAAGGAGCAAAAGGAGCAAUCCUGCCCUCCUCUCGUUUGUCUGAGGGGCUCUCUACAGACGCUCAAGAGGAAGUUUCAAGACCCGCAACAUUUCAGUUUACCCCAAACUUUUCAACUCUAGACAGCAGUUACCGUCUUGAGGUUUCAUUGUCCAGAGAUAGCCAGGAAGUAUCUUCACCCGGCGACCGGAGUUCACAAGAAGUAGGCAAGCAAAGCGCUAUCCAACCAAUGCCACUUCUCAGAAGCAGACUCCAGAGACCUAAACCUAAUAUUUCAAGAUCAGUGGGAAGGAAAGAAAUACCAUCUGCAGAUAAGAAUGAAGCAACAGCAGCAACCUUGGGAACUGAGAAGUCAAAACUACAAAAAUCUGAACCUUCAAGAACUUCCUCUAUAGAACUUCAAUUACUGCUUGAUGGUAAAGUCUUAGCUGAUAAAGUCUCAGAGGACAGCCUUUUGGACUGUGAGAAAAUGGCUCCAGAAGAUUCUCAAGUACCCAGAAGCUCUCGGAAUAUUUCAGAUUGUCAUACCACGAAAAAAACUCUUCUCCAAGAGGAUAAACCACGCACUAUCAAGCCAGCUCAGUUAAUGAGGGGGCGGUUCCAGAAAACCAGGGCCAGUUUGGGGAAGUUGAAUGGCAAGAAGAAAGGGCCCAUGUCUGAAAGUGUUAGUGAUCCAGUUGAAGGAGAAAAAGAAAAAACAGAGACAGAGGCUCUCAAGAUAGGUGAUCAUCACCUACCUUCACAGGAUGAAGCUGAUGUCUGUACUUCCUUGAGUGAUUUGGAGGGAAAAGUCCAGCCAGAAUCCAGUGGAGCUAUCCUGCCAGAAAGAUGUAUUGAUCAGAAAAGAGUUUCUUCUGAAAAGUCACAAAGCUGUGAAUUUUUAAAAGACCAAGUCAAGAUGUGUAUGUCUAAACAUGCUGAGAAAAAGCAACUAGACACUCUUGCAAGUGGUGUUUCUGCCCCUCAAGAAGUAAGUCUGUCAGAACGUGUAAAGCUUACCAGGAGUCCUCUUCAAAUGCCCGAGCCAAACUUAUCCAAAGCAACUAAAAAGAAAGCAGUUUCUUCAGCAGGAGAGGGAAGUACAGAAGACAAAGCUAGAAAAGAUAUGGAAGACAAAUUAGAAAAAAUAUCCUCCUUAAUGCAUGAUUCUGGAAAACAGGUGGCGACAACAUUUUCUGAACCUUGGAGGCAAGAGAAUUGUGCAGACGACAUUAAACUGGAGGAUUCCAAAAGGAGCAAACACUCUGAAGUAUGUGCAUCUUCAGAGCAAUUGCUUGGAGGGGAAAGUCCAAUAAGAAGAGAAAUGUCUGACUUGUGUUGUGUCCAGGAAAGAGCAUCUGAAACACUGAAAAGAAAACAGCCCAAAAGGACAGUUAGACAGCGGAAACCAGUCUGUGAUUUGAGGCCGACAUAUUCCACUUCUGAAGAAACUGAUCAUAAUGAAAAGGGAAGACGCCUCCAGAAGGUUAAACCAAAUGUCGGCAGAGGCAGAUGCUUAAGACCAGCCCUUGGCAAGAAACCCAAAAAGGAAUAUGGAAGUUCAAAGGUUAAUCUGGUAACCCUUAGGGCCUCUUCUCCAGUUGAAGAAGACGAUGAUGAUGCAGAUGACUUUGAGCCAGACUAUGAAGUGGAAUGCUUUUUGCCAGAGGAAGUAAACAAAGCUCCUGUGUUUGUUCCUAAAGGACUUCGGUCUCCAAAUCCAGUUCCUGUUCAGAUUGAAGAAACUAUGGAAGAGCUUGAGAUUUAUGAGAAUAUCUCAGAGGAGGUGUGUGUUGCUACUUCUGAAUGUCUGUCCCAUGAACAGAAUAUAGGUGCUGAGGCUGUUACACAGGAAAAUACAGAAUUGCACUCCUCACAAUUAGUGAUUAUACAGGAGAGGCCUGAAAUGGAAAAAGGGGAGAAUGAUGGUAGCACCGAAGCAGCCAUGACUCUACUUGCCAUGAGAGAUCCAGCUUUCCAGCUGAACAUCAGCACCCAGGAAAAUCUGCAGAAAUGUCCUAAUCAAGAUGAACAAACUGUCACUGAUAGCUUUCUGAAUAAGCAGAAUGAAGAGCAAAGUUCAUUGGAUGGUAAUGUUCCUGCCCUUCCAAAACCUGAACUGAUUUCCUUCAACGAUGCAAGCAAAACUCCUCCAGAAGAUAACAAUCCAGGGCAAUCAGUUUUGGAAGGCUUCUUAACUGCAGCCACUGAGGUGAUACUUCCAGGUGCUUCAAACAAGGAAGCAGUUUCAUCACACAACAUGAGCAAAACUGCUCUUAUGGAUCACAAUGAAUUUGGUUUGGUGGAACACUCGCAGAAAGCCAGUAGGGUCUGCAGUGAUGGUUCUUCUUCAAAAGGAAAUACAAUAUUAAAACCAACAAGAUUCAGAUUUCCUAAGCCUAAACCAAAUCUUGGCAGAGGUAAAGGGAUAAAUAGGAGUGCUUCCCUGAAAAAUUUGGAUGUAGGUGUGGAGCAGUCUAAUCAAACUCAGAAUGGGGAGAAGGAGCCACAAUAUACUGCAGAAAAUGAGAAAGCUGAACUGGAACAGAAUUUAAGAAUGGAUGCACCCCCCAGUAGCAGCGUUGCAGACAAGCACGAUUUUCAGCUUGGAAGAUCCAGCCAUGACACCCAGAAAAACCACACUGGAUGUGAGAACUUGGCAACAGAGACUUUGCAAGUCACAUCAGUGUUCAGUGAACUGGACGCUUCUCCAAGAACAGAAGCUUGGCUUUUUGAAUUGCCUGAUAACUCCAACACAAAAAUAAAUGAACUCCCUGAAAAAAAAUCUGAUCCUGUUGAACACCAUUUGCCUCCAGAAGUAGCACAGGUUGAAGAAAGCAAGCAUUCUGGUCAUUCAGCAGCCACAGAGAUUACAGUGAGUGCGGGUGUCAAAGAAUGUCCAGUAGUAGAAGAGGAACAGACAAUCGUUUUAACGUUGGUGGAAAUCCCAGCUGAUUCACAAGAUUGUAGUAGUGUGUCUGCUUCUGAGGAGUUGCUUCCAGCACCAGUAUUUUUCAUAUCAGAUAAUAUGGAAUUGGUGGAAUUGACAAAAGAGGACAGCAGUGGGUCCGUAAAAGCUGCAGCUGAAGAAAAUACAGUUUCUGUGGCCAAUGUUACCGAAAUAGGUGAACUUCAGACUACCUUAGUAGAGAAACCAGCUGACUGUGGUUCAACCUCUUUGAAAGAUCAGAAGAGACGUGCUCUGGGUCUUGAGGGAAGUGGUGGUCCUCCCAAGAAGAAAAAACGUUCUUCAGGGGAGAGCUUGAAAUGCUCAAAUCAGGAGGUCUUGCUUAAAUCCAGCUCCAUAGCACAGAAAACUGCAGAAAAAAGCUCAGAGAAAUUGAAUAUUUCAAAGGAGCGAAAUUCAGCUACCUCUAGAUCAGUACCUGAACCUACAGAGUCACACAUAAUGGAAGAAAAAGAAAAGAGACAGACUUCUUUGCGGCUUGGUGUACCACCUGAUACAGAUGAGCCGAUGUCAAGAACACUCUGUUCAGGAAAGGCAAAAACCAGUGAAAAACAUAGAAGCUUUGUUGACAUUUACAAACCUGUACGAUCUGGACAAAUUAGAAGCACAGCAGUCCUUCAAAAAAAACCAUCUUCCAGGCCGUAUCAAAGAUCUUUGGGAUUCCUACCUUUAAUCUGCAAGACUAGUACUGAAGAAGUCACUACUAAAGGGAAUAGACGGAGUUUGAAGAAACCUCAUGUAGAUGUUUCCAAAAGCACUCUUGAGUGUCCAACUUUGUCCACAAAGAACAAGGAAGAUAUGCAAGGGAACAGUUCCUUUCCAUCAAUGGUCUCAUCAUCUUCCAAAUGUGAGAAUGUAAGCUUGUCUGCUGUUCAGGUUUGCUCCGAGCAGUGUGAGAAUGAAAGAUCUUCCAAGAAGCAUGGAAAAGAUGAAGAACCAACUAGAAUUUCAGAAUAUUUCUUCAGAGAUAUUUUUAUGGAGGUGGAUGAUUCAGAAUAAUUCAGAAAUUUAAGAGGCAUCUGGAAUCUAAUUACAUCAUAGUAGCUAUGUAAUCUUUUUGAUCAGUCACAAGUUCUCAUUUACCCCUGGCCCUCUAAAUAACAUAGAAAGCACUGUUGAAGCUGGAGGAGUUGGUCUCAUAUUCCAAAUAGUCUGCUGCUUUUGGAACAAUUAGGAAAACAAAAUAAUUAAGUUGAAAAGUGCACAUGAUCACGACAUCUGUGUGUUAUCAAAUGCAUAGUUACUAGCUACAUGGCUACGCUAAAGAAAUGUGAUGGAGACACCCUGUAUAACCCCCUUCAUGUGAUAUUGAUGUUUGUGGGACUGGUUGUAAAUUAUCUAUACUUCUUUUUGUGAAGUAAAACUUUAAAUGGGGAGAUGUAUCUGAAGUUAUAUUUAUCUCUGUAAAUAAGCAAGUUCUGAACAUUUCAGUAAAUAAAAUAUUUUUAUUGUAAGCUUAUUUUUAUAACUACUGCACAUGUGAAUUGGUACACAAAUAUUAAGCUUAGUUCCUUUUAAAUGUACAGAGAAAUAAAUGUGAAACUUUUAUUUAUUUAAUUUGAAUGUACUAAAAGAUAACUCACCCAAAUAAAUUCUGUCUGUCCUGGAAAUAAAAGAGAAAUUUAUCAUUAAUCUAAAUACUAAAGUCUAAAUCCAAAAGCACCAUAAGUAGACAACAUGUGAUAGUCUUAAAAACUUUACAUACAAUAUGUCUGACCUAGAAAAGUUUGAUGCUACUGUCAAGAGUGAAAGAUAAAGAUUAGACCACCUAAAAUAAAAAGAUAAUAUCAUGAGAAUAAUUGAUUUCUAAAACUUGUGAGUUUGCAGGGUUUUUCUCAUUUGUAAUCUGUUUAGAUGUUACUGAAUUUUUUUAUUUUACAGCCCAGAUAGGUCAUAAUAUUGCCAGAAAACAAAUCCUCAGUUUUGUUGGUAUUGAAUGAGCUAGUGAGGCUGAAUUCUGAAUUAUGGAGGAAGACCAAAAUGAAAAACAAAAACUAGCUGCCUGAAGUCUGCCUGCUUGACUUUACCCCUUGCUCCCAGAGACAGCUGUGGCAGCCCAUGACAGGCAAAGCCACAGGGGCCUGCACAAACCUGGCAGAACCAGAAAUGCUGGUAGAGAUGGUGUUUGCCCCAGCAAGCAGUUCACCUUUACAAGGCAUGAAGGGGGCCCCCAGUCUUGUUAUUGGAAAACCUGUCUAGAUCAGUCACAUGAUAAAAAUCUGAAAAAUGUAUGAAAUUAUUUUUCUCUGCAUUUUGUUUUCAACUAAUGAUUUGAUUUUAAAUUCUACUUCUUUUGACAGUACUUUCAGGAGAUAAUAUACUUUUUCCCCAUCAAAUGUGUAUUAAUGUAUGCAGUUUCUAUGGAGCAGUUUUCUACUUGCAGCUAUUAUUUAUUAGUAUAUGUCUGUAUCAUUUAGGAGCUACUUCUGUUUUCUAGGUUUGUUUUAGGAUUAUACAUAUACAGAGUUGUUGAUAUUUAUCAAAUUGGAUAUUCAGAGAAUUUCUGUAAGACUCUUGUUAACUCCGGGAAAGACAGAGUGCCAAAUGGCAGCAAAUCAAUUUUUGUCAUUAUCAGAAUAGCAAAUGCAUGCUGACUGAUUUGAGAAUUUAUUUUUGCUUUACAUUUUAUAAUAUCUAAACAGAGCAAAGUCUAAACAGAGCAAAUUCUAAAAAUUCUAAACAGAGCAAAAAUAGCCCAAAAUGACUCUGAAUCUCAUAACAAAUGCAGUGAACUCAUAGAAGCAUUUCUCAGUGGUAAACAUGAUGAAGGAAUUGGGUCCAGGAUGGAGAAGUAUAUUUUAUGCUUUUAAUAUAUGGAGAAAUUGUUGAAUAAUGUACUCCAAGAAUCUACUGAAACAAUGCAAAACAGAUGCAUUUUUCAGAAAUCAUAUAAAGAUGAACUUUGAUAUAAGGUGCCUUAUCUUUUCUCACUCACUGGAAAAGAGAUCAUAUUAAUUUUCACUGUAAAACUACACUGUCUUUGGGAUAAUUUCAAUGAAGAGGAUAAUGUGCAUUUCUUUCUGGUUAUGGCCAAAUUAAUGACAGGAGAAAAGUGAGCAGUAUCCUUGUUUAAGACACAGUGCAUUUCAUUUCUUUUUUGAAGUUUGACACAUUUUCUUUAACUGUAAUGUUCAUGGGUAAGACUUCUGUUUCAAAGAAAGCAGUCAUGUUUUAUAUGUAAACUAUGUGAAUAAAUAAUUUUAUAGCA